GUUAUGCCUCCAUUCAGCAGCCAGCAGCUCAUCAGGGCACGGUAAACACAUUUCCAUCACCAUGGCAGCUGUGCCAGUUCUGCUCCUCCUCUUCUCAGCUUCUUCUCCUCCAGUCCACAGUCUCCUCACUUCACUCCAUUUCAUUCCGGGUGACAUGAUUUACACUGAGGCUCGGGAAGCUUGCAGAGAAAAAUACACCGACCUCGUCACUGUGUACUCUGAUGAAGAAAACACUGAACUUUAUAACAGGAUGAUAAAGGAUGGUAUCAGUUACAGCUGGAUCGGACUCUAUCGUGGUCAGUUCAGUGAGAAAUGGUCUAAUGGUGAUCCUGUAACAUUCAGAAAUCUGACAGGGGAUUGUGGGACAUCAGACUGCUGUGCUGCUAUGAAGCCUGAUGGUUCAUGGGAAAGUCUUCAGUGCAGAGGGACAAGAUAUUUCAUGUGUUAUGAAGAAGAUGCUUCCUCACAGACUCCUAAUUAUCAUCUAAUCCCUGAGACUAAGACCUGGUAUGAAGCUCAGCAUUACUGCAGACAGAUAUACACUGACCUGGUCAGCAUCAGAGAUCAGCAGCACAAUGAAGAGGUGAAGAUUAAAGGGUUAAACAGCACCAUGUCCUUCUGGAUCGGCCUGCUGCAGGAUGACUGGCAGUGGACUGAUGGAGGAAACUCCACCUACAGAAACUGGGCUAUCGGAGAACCUUCAUCAUCACCAUACAACUGUGUAAUACUGAGUGGAGGGAGAUGGUACUCAUGGUCAUGCACUACUCCAUAUCCCACUCUGUGCUCCAACAUUUCCAUCCAUGUGAGUGAAGUGACUCUGAGCUGGGAGAAAGCUCUGGAUUACUGUCAGGAAGAGGACAGAGGUGGACUGCUGCAGAUUGAGUCUGAAGAUGACCAGAAGGAUGUGAUGAAAGAGCUUAAAAGGGGGCGUGUUUCUGAGCCUGUGUGGGUGGGGCUUAGACAGAGCCGACUCUUCGGGUUCUGGAUUUGGCCCGAUGGGAAGGCUGUGUUUCCGUACUCCAACUGGGACGAAGGGAAACAGCCUGAACAUCAGCUCUCUCAGCACUGCGGUGCCGUCGUUCCACAGAGAGACUACAGAUGGAGAGACAUGAACUGUCGGGCUCAGUACAGGGUUCUGUGUCACAGCACAUGUUCUCACUGAGUAUUUCAGAAUGUAAAGAGAUGCACACUCUCUUAGAAGUAAUGGGGUUUGGGGUUCUGUACUGUGAGGAACAACCAAAGAACAUCAGUGCAAAAAGCAAAUAAACUUAUCUUUAAUAGACCUAAAACAAAUACAACUUAUAAUCUUGGUAGUUUUAUAGGACAGGCUUCUCUCUCUCCCUCUCUCUCCCUCUCUCUAUCUCUCUCUCUCUCUCUCCCUCUCACUCUCUCCCUCUCUCCCUCUCUCUAUCUCUCUCUCUCUCCCUCUCACUCUCUCACUCUCUCCCUCUCACUCUCUCCCUCUCUCCCUCUCUCUAUCUCUCUCCCUCUCUCUCCCUCUCUCUAUCUCUCUCCCUCUCUCUCCCUCUCUCUAUCUCUCUCUCUCUCUCUCCCUCUCACUCUCUCACU